GGCUGCACUGAAGAUCAAGGCUGGAUUGUGUACUUGAGCUCUGAGCAUGAUCUAGAGCUGACAGAUUCCCUUGAAUUCUUGUUUGCUGUGACUAGAGUGGUGUUUCUAUAUGAGGGUAGAACACAGAGUGAUAAAGAAGUGUGAGGGAUUAUGGACCUUCCAUAAAGAAGGGUCAACAACCUCAUGUUGAUUAAAUGGUGAAAAAUGCCCCAUUGUUCUGAUCGGCACAGUAGCGUGCAGUUUGUAUUGUGUACUCAGAAUGAAAAAAAUAGUUCAAGACGCCCCAGGGCUGGGUGUAAGAGAAAAAGAAGAUUCUCCAAGUGUUUCAUCUCCUUGGAAUAUCUGUAUGAUCAAUGCCCUGAAGGACUCACAAGAACUUCUUUUACAACUUGCAACAUUAAUGUGCACCUAUGAAAAAGGAAUGGAAAAACUGAAUUCUAAUAAUUGGGAAAGUUUUUAUCAGACAUUCAAAGAGAUUUUGGAACAUCUUGUUUGUGAAUUUCCUCCUAUCGUGGAAGAUACUACAAGCACUACUUCAAAUGUUACCUUAGAACUUCUUAAGACCUUAAGACCUGUCUUGGACAAGUCUGGACUCUCUGAAUUAGCAUUUGCUACAUUAUGUAAAGUGACAGAAAAAUUCCUUGAACCCACUUGUUUGCCUCUGCUCCUAGGGGGGGAUGUUCCAUUGCUUCUCAUUGACUUGGCAACACAGGCAUGCCCGGGAAUAAACAAAAAAGUGGCGUAUGACGAUCUCCUAAGUAUUGUGAAAAGGACUUCUUGUUUACUCACAGAUGCGCCAUUGGACCUUGAUGAGCUGGUAAAGGAUAUAAGUCAGAAGAAUGACGUUGGAGACUUGAUCUUCAGUGGGAGUGCCGAACCAAUCGGUGACCUAAUAGUAAACGUGUUGUGCGUUGCUGCGAAGAUUUUACUUCCAGACUUAUCACCUGUCACUUGUGAGCAUCUAUGUACAUGGUCACAAUGGUUUGAUGUGAAUUAUCCCAAAUAUGAGCCAAAUGGAGGAGAUGAUGAGACCUAUGAGAACAUUGAGAACGCUGGAUAUAAAGUGUGUGAGAAGGAGUCAUGGAAGACAGAGGACACUUCCUGCAGAGCACAGAAAUACCCUGAUAUACACCUAGACCAGCUGGGACAGAUUGUGACCUGUGAUGUCUCCACUGGGCUCACCUGUAAAAACCAAGAUCAGACAGGGUUCAUGCAUGUGUGUCUCAACUAUGAGAUCAGUUUUUACUGCUGUAGUCCUGAUUGCAUUUCUACAACCUCUCAGACUACUACCUCACCAACCACCACCAUCACUGAGACUACAUUACCAACCACCACCAUCACUGAGACUACAUCACCAACCACCACCAUCACUGAGACUACAUCACCAACCACCACCAUCACUGAGAAUACAUCACCAACCACCACCAUCAUUGAGACUACAUCACCAAGCACCACCAUCAUUGAGACUACAUCACCAAGCACCACCAUUACUGAGACUACAUCACCAACAACCACCAUCAUUGAGACAAAGAGAAUACAAAAAAGAAAAAAAUGGUAACAAUUACGUUCUGUUUAUUCUGUGGGUCAAAAUGAU